AUGUCCGUCUUGAUUGAAACCUCCCUUGGUGAUCUUGUCAUUGACUUGUACACAGAGGAAUGUCCCAAGACCACACUCAACUUUUUAAAGCUUUGCAAAAUCAAAUACUACAACUUUUCACCCUUCUUCAAUGUGCAAAAAGACUUUAUGGCACAAACAGGCGAUCCAACUGGUAAAGGAGAUCAAGGUGAAUCGAUAUACGGCAUCUUGAAUGGACCCAGUCAGCGUUAUUUUCCAGCGGAAAUCAACCCCAAACUAAAGCACAAAAAGAAGGGCAUGGUGUCGAUGGCUGUUGCAGCAGACGCGUCUAUUGAAAGCGGUGGCGUCAGUGGAAGCCAGUUCUUUAUUACACUAGCAGACGAUUUAGAUUAUUUGGAUGGUAAAUAUACCUUGUUUGGCGAAGUGGCAGAGGGGUUUGAAGUGCUGGACAAGAUGAAUGAAGCAUUUUGCGAUGAAAAGGGUAGACCUUACCGAGAUAUCCGAAUCAAGCAUACAGUCAUUUUGGACGACCCUUUCCCAGAUCCAGCAGGUCUUCAAGUGCCUGACGAAUCGCCCUUACCCACCAAAGAACAAAUAGAAUCCAUGCGCAUUGCGGAUGAUGAGGAUAUUGAAGAAUUUGGCGAUCCUGAGGAAAUUGAAAAGAAGGCCAGAGAGAGAGAAGCAAAGGCGCACGCAUUGACGUUGGAGAUGAUUGGCGAUCUACCCUUUGCAGAAGUCAAGCCACCGGAAAAUGUGUUGUUUGUCUGUAAACUGAAUCCAGUGACCAGAGAUGAGGACUUGGAGAUGAUUUUCUCGAGAUUUGGUGCUAUCCACAGCUGUGAAAUCAUCCGUGAUAGACAAACGGGUGAUUCUCUUAGUUAUGCUUUUGUGGAAUUUGAAAACAAGGAAGAUGCCGAAGAGGCCUAUUUCAAGAUGCAGUCUGUCCUGAUUGAUGAUCGUCGUAUUCAUGUGGAUUUCUCGCAAUCGGUAUCAAAACUUCAUAAAGAUUGGAUCUCGAAACGAACAGGAGGCAAAGGAGAAUCCAUGGGCGGUUUUGACAAUCUACAAAAGAGAACGAGAUACAGAGAUGGUGACGAAAGCAAGAGAGAGAAUUAUGACUUGGUGUUUGAAACCGACAAGCGAGAUCAAAAGAGACAUAAAAGCGAUGAACAAGGCUCAAGAAGAAGAGACGAUGAACGUCAACGAAGGGGAGAUGAUCGCAAAAGAGAUGACCACCGUCGCAGAGAUGAUAGACGAGACGAUAGACGAGAUUCUCGACGGGAUGAUAGAAGAGACUAUGAUCGCAAGAGAGACGAUGAUAAAAGGGAUCGUAGAAGAGAUGAUGACAGGAGAAGAAGCAGCAAACGCAAGAUUUAUUGA